CAGUGCAAAGCAUUUUUUGACACUCAGUUGGUAAGGCAAGCUAGAGCCAUGUCCUAUCCGAAACCAUGGCGCAGACGAGUCCCACAGGAUCUAAAAGCUCGAAAAGGGAACUCUUGUCACUAAAGGAUAUACUGACAUUGUUUAACAAUCCUAUAAAUGAGGAUCAAGCAUGGGCUGUGUGCCAUCAGUGUGCCCAGUUCUUCCAAUCAACAUCGGAUCGUUCAAAAUACCGGGAAUUUUAUAAGAAUGGAGCCCGGGCCAUACGUAUACGACCCGAUGGAGAAAUUGUGAUAGAAGUCUCUGAAUAUGACAUAAGUUUCGGAUCAGGGAAAGGUCCACCUUUACGACGGAGGAAUUCUGUAACGGGGAAGGACAUCAAGGUUGUCACGGAGAGUGAUGCGGUACAGGGACUCGGACUCGUUAUAUACCAGGCCCUCGACUAUGGAAUGGGGGCCACUGAAGAACGGCACCUUAGCCAUGAGUUGGAAAAUCUGGUGGAGUUUAUGACAAAUCCUGAUGAGGAUGAGGAAGAUGCAUCAACAGCUGAUGACGAGGGUAUCGAAAAGGAUGCCAAGGAAAAUGGUCUGUUCCCGGACGUCCUCGCGAUCUGUGAGCAGCACCUAUCCAAUGAGCUUAACCCAGGGAACCAUUACCGUGCUGUGUGUAGGGCCAUUGUUGCAGAGGCUCAGGAACUCUGCUCCUUCUUAGAACAAAUCUCCACUGGUAAAGAGAGUCUGGCAAAGGAAGAUGAUGAUCUGACAUUGUUAGAGGAUUUACAGAGAAACGACUGGGCGCGGCUAUGGGUACAGAUAAUGAAACAACUACGCCACGGGGUGAGGUUAAAAAGUGUUCAACACACUAACCUCACCCCACGAGAAUAUGAGCUGACGCCGUUCGAGGUUUUAUUGGAGGAUAUACGUACGAGAAGAUACAACCUCAAAAAGACUCUGGUUAAUGGUGACAUUCCACCCAAGGUGAAAAGUGAUGCGCAUGCUGUGAUUCUUGAAUUCAUUCGAUCUCGUCCCCCUCUACAUUCCGUAAAAGAUAGGAUAUUAAAAUCACCCCCUAAAAGGGAGCUGGAUCCUGUCGAACUCUUACUUCGGGACAUUCGUCAACAGCCCAAAUUACGACCGGUCAAGGAUGGCAAGCUUUUAGUUGAAACAUCAAGAACAAAACUCAAUAAUGAUGAUGAAUCAGAAAGCCCUCUUCCUGUCAGAAAGGUCAUCAAGCCAGACUUCAAUCUUCUACGUAAUUUUGAGGAUGACACAGAUGAGUCUGAAUGUAGUUUACAGUCGUCACGGCGAUCCAGUGUGGCAUCCCCAUCACCAGAAAAAGAAAUUCGUCCAUGGCAACGAGCUGUGGUUCGAGAUCUGGCUACAACCCAGAGCAGGCCUGUGAUACUGCAGCGUAGGAAUACCAUAACGGUGUGUGAGUCGCCUGUACAGGUAUAUCCAACCAGCACCCCACAAACCCCGAUCUUGGAAGAAACUGAUGAAGAGAAUGUAGUUUCACAAAAAGACACCUCCAUUAAGCCUCCAACAAAUUUGCAUGAUAAUAAUGCUGUGAAAAAAAUUCGGCGUCAGUCGGCAGUUUGUAAAUCGCAUGUGUCUGCCAAUGACGUUCGACAAAGACUGAGUUUAAAACUGCAUGGUAACACUCCAGCAACGUGCAUGUCGUCCCAUGACAGGGUGCAUGCUAGGGCGAUUCUUUCUUCACAGUCCUCUGGAAGUUCUGAAGACCUGCUGUCUGAAUCAUCAUCUCAGUCAUCACCACGGAUGAGAAAAAUUAGUGAACCGUUACUACGGACAUACCCACAAAAAGUACAAAGGUCUGUAAGUGUGAGUGAUAUAUCUGGCAAUAGGCCUCAGCCAAUGACAAGGUCAAGAACAAUGCCUAAAUUUGGAAGUGAAUCAGAGACAAGUGAAAAAUCAGCUGUGUCCAACGAGACUACAAGACCUGUCCCUCGACCCCGCCCAGUUCCCGCCCCAAGAAUAAGCCGUAGCUCAUCUCCUAAAACUGUUCAGAAGACACCCUCUCCUGAUCUUGUUCUCACCAAUGGUGUGAAAAACUCCCUAUCCCCUUCAGUGUCACAGCGAGACUCUUCCCCAACUCCAGCUAGGCGAGACACGUCCCCAACUCCAGCUAGACGAGACGCUUCUCCAACUCCAGCUAGACGAGACACUUCCCCCAAACCUGUGAAGCGCCACAGAUCUUCUGUACAUAGGUCAUCAACUCAGAAAGAGCAUCACAGACAUAGACUGAAUUCCUCUGAGGAUGAACAAACCUCUGAUAAGGCUUCAGAACAAAGGCAUAGGUCAUCCGAACGAAGGCAGCGUUCAUCAGAACAGACACAGCGUUCAUCAGAACAGACACAGCGUUCAUCAGAACGUAGACGUUCUUCAGAGCGUAGACAACGUUCUUCAGAAAAGAAUCAAAUCGCAGAUCCUAAAUAUAUAGUGCGUAAACAGCGUACAUCUGAGCGCCGAACCCCUGUUGACAUGACCUCGGAAAUGAGUUCUACCUCCACCUCUUCCUCUGCUGUGUCAUCCCCAUCUCAUCUCUCACCCGAACCCUCCCCCAAACCCAGCCCCACUCCCCGACCUCGUAUCCAGCGCUCUGCCAGUCACGUUGUUAAACGUCAAAUGACUAUAUCUGGUGGUCCAGUGCCCACCGCAGACACUGACCAAGCAAUUCCACAAGCAAGUGUUUCUACUAAGGAUAGUAGAAAGAUAUCUAUUCGGAAGGAAUCUUCUUCAGAAUAUAAAAGACUUGCAUCUACGACGGAAUCUGCUGAGGUGAAUCCGAGGGUUCCUCGCAGAUCAGAUUCGUCACGUACCCCACGACCGAUGAGCCUGAUGGAGGCAGAUGACCGCCGGGCUAUUAUACAAGAGGCAGGAGAAUCAAGUCUCCAAACUAAUGGUGCAUCCAGUUUCUCAUCUCUUGAUGUGCGAGACCUGCUGAAUGUAAGUUUGAGGAUGAGGUCCUCCGGUGCUGGUGAGGACCAUGCUUCUACUACUACUAACUGUAACGGUAGUCCUGCACCUAGCUCCCAUCCAUCUUCUGCUGUGCCUGCUGCUGCUGGCUCUAUGCCCCAAGUUUUGAUCAAGAAAUGGUCACAUCCUAUUGAAUGUCUGUCUUUAACCCUGGAGGAGGUCACUCAUAUCCGCACAGUCCUGACGAAGGCUGAACUGGAGUCGGCCAUUACACAGAAGGACCUUUAUACAUUACUGGCUAAGGGCAAAAUUUGUUUUACAUGUAAAGAAGUGAAGUUCUCCAUGUUUGGACAGUGGGGAACUCGGUGUAAGAUAUGUAAGAGAAACGUCUGCAAUAACUGUCUCCGCAAAAUGAAUGUGCCAACUGAACACUUUGAGAACAUCCCUGUACAUACUCUCAGUCCCAUACCUCUCAGUCCAGAAACCCUGGACAUCAUCAGGGCAUAUGAAAGUACGGGGUCUGUUCCUCACUCUCCAACUUUGCAACGCAAACAGCAGCAAAAGCUGGAGACGAAAUCUGUAAAACCAAAAACACUUCAACGUGCCAACACAUUUACUGCAAACCAGGGUCCAGCCAUGCUACCCAACAAGAAUCUCCUGAAGGGCCCCCAGAUGAACAUAUGUCGUGAUUGUAAGGGAAUGAUUAUGGAGAUCAUAAGGACAAGUCGAACUUCGAUUGCACUUAUCAAUCAGGGGAAGGAACUCCCUAAAAAAUCGGAGAGUUCAAGUUCUGAAGAUGAAAGAAGUGGAAUGAAUCUCUCCUCACUGUCUCUAAAUGUAAAACAUUUCUUCACGCCAACAAAAGAUUGACAUGUGGGUCAUCUUGUAUUUACUGUUGUGUGUUACUGGGGUAAGAUGUUUUCUGAAACGCCUUGCUCUUUCGCCAUUGAUGCAAUAUUCUAGAUGGAGAAAAUGGACAGACAUUCCCUUGAGUUCUGAUGAAACAAUACCAAUGGACACAGCUGAAAAACACUAUCCACUUUUACACUACUAUUUCUCAAUGUUGUUGAUUUUUUUAUGAAAUUAGUUGUCAUGGUAACAUAGAACAAAAAAUACCAGCACCAUGUUAUCUAGUGUUUUAGCUAUGUUAUAGUUAAACGAGUCUUAUAUUGAAAUGUAAAAAUACCAACACUGUUAGUUCUGAUGACAGAGACAGCAAUUUAAAAGUGUUAUUAUGUUGUGUCACAUUAUUGAUUAAAACAUUAUAAAAAUGGUUGCAUAAAUUUUCAUUUGAGAACAAAGUUUGAACUGAAUUAUUGAUAAAAUGUUGAUGAUUAUCAAAUGAAUAUGAAAGGCCUGUGUAACGCCUUGUAUGGUUUGUAUCGAUGUGUCCGUGUUGUUCCCACCGAUGACGUUGAUAGUAGUUAUUGACCACCAUAAUCUCCUGUUGUCAUAGAUCUGAAUUUGACUUCAUCACUGUAGAUCCAGGUUUUCUCUACAUUAAUUUUUUAUAUUUUAGUACAUUCAGAUUUUUACUUAAAUUUUUCAGGAAUUGAGAAAUGAAUUCUCUAUUUUUUUUUUACUUUUAAACAUUUUGUUUUAUGAUGUAAUGUAAAUAUAUAUAUGGUGUUUUUGCUCUCCGCUAUUAAUAUUUUUUCAAUAAACAAUGUGUACUGAACAUCUCGGCAAGUUUAGAUAAUGUCUGUCAUUAUUAUCACAAUACAAUCAGAAACAUCAACUCCAAAGUAUUAAAAUUCACUCAAAAUUCAUGACAUAGAUUGCAUAAUAAAUUGCGUACAAAGUAAUGAGUUAGUCAUUGAGCCAUCUGCAUGCAUAAUCAACAGGUAAUGAAACAUCUAUAAUUUCAAUAUUACAGAUAUAAUUCUUUUUUAUUUAAUUUAUAAUUUUGUAAAUUUGAAUAAAAAUCAUUGGAACUUGUGGGCAAUCUUGAAUAUCACUCACGUGUCCAAUAGUUUUUCCACUUAUAACUUACCAUGAUCAACUGUACAACACUGGACAUUUCUGAUAAUAUGUUGAUAUCAUUCAUUUGAGUAAUAGAUAAUACAGGUUCAGAUAUACAACUGAGUGCCAUAUCCAAAUUUAAAUUUCAACACAAUUUGCAAGAUUUUUUUCCUCUUUCUAAAUGUUUAUUAUAAAUGAUAAUUUCCAACUAGAAAAUUCGAUGGUUUUGUUAUCGAGCUCAGUGUGAACUAGAAAGGGGUUUAUUUUUAUAGAAAUAAUUAUAUGUAUAAACAUGAAUUGUGUUCAGCUGAUAAUGAUUUAAGUAAAGAGAUGUUUAUGCCUGGAAUCAAGAUAUGUGUUGAAAUGUUUAUGAAGUGUGAAUUUAUUGGACUAGAAAUUUAUGUUUCUGAAGGGUUAGUGGAUGAGGAAAUGGUUGAAUUUUGUGUGUAGAGAGGUUGGAGAGUGUGAAACUAGAAGUUUAAAGAGGUUUAGUUGCGUGUGCAUAGUCCUAUGUGUCUGAAGGCUUAAUGGAAGUGAGUCCAUCAGAUUAGAAAUUCAAGGGGGAAUAUAUGUGAUAUAACACAAGAAAGUUUGUUCUAGGAAGAUUAAGGCUCAUUAAUAUGUCCAGCUAGCAAUUCUAGUGUUUGGAGAUUUGGGACAAUAUCUGACUAAAAGUUUUCAAAUAUUCACUGGAAAGUCUUGUGUGUAUAGAAUUGAGGUAUACCAGAAAAUAUGUAAUGUGUGGGGGGGAGGAGUAUGUGGAUUUAAAUUUGGGUAGAGGACAGAAGUAAAGCUGAAAGAGGUGAAUUGGUAUAGAAAAUUGGGGCUGCGGAAGAGAGGUAUGAAGUAGGGGUUUGAUAGAUGUAUGUACAGUAUAAAGGAUUGGAAGAGGAUGCUAGACGUAAGAGAUGUAGAAGUGUUUUUAUCAUUGAUUUUCUCAUUUGAAUUUCUCUUUGUGUAUGUAUAUAUAUAUAUAUAUAUGUAUAGUCAGAACUAUUCCCUUGUUUUACCAUUGUGGUGCUGUAUGAGAUAUUCUGUGAUUCCGUAAUUAUUUUGUGUAGAUUUCAUUAAACUAUGUUCAUCUGAUGAAAGAGAUGCAGUUGAUGUGUAGUCAGUCAUUGUUUAGCUUGUUUCUGAGAACAUUUUGUAUACCAAUGUGAUAUUAUAACACACAACGCAUGCCGUGAUGUGAAAUUGUACCACAACCCAGUUGUUUUAUACUUGCUUUGCUAAAAAGUUAGGAAUUGAACCGUGAUUGACACGUUGUAGUGUCAACUCAGAGACAGAAGGCUCACAAUCUUUACCCACAACAUACCCAGUGUACUAUUUAACUCCACAUAGAAGGGCUGGACUAUUGAGGUUGUGAAGUCUUGGGACCUAGCUAUACGUGACCUAUAUAUAACUUAAUUGUUGGUAGAUGGUUUCUGUAAGCAUUACCUUGACAAGUUUCCAGUGUUGAUUAAACUCCAGGUUGCAUUUAAGAUAUGCAGGUAUGCUAUGUUUAAUAGCCAGCUAUUUAACAAGGCGUUCACGGAUUUUACAAUAUUACUGUAUUACCAAAACCCAACAUAUCAGUGAUUUGUUUUCACUGUUAAGAUGCUGUUGAAUGUGGGUUUAUUGUGAGCUUUUGUAUUUACAUUCCCAAUAUCCAACACCUGUACAGAUAGACUUUUUGCAUUCUUGAUUUUCAGUGAUUUAGACAAGUUGUUAAAUGAUAAUGUAAUAUAUAUGCAAAGUGAAAGGACAUUAUUAAAUGGCACUAUAUAAUUGUAAAAACCACCGCAAACAGUGGCAGUAUCCUUGUAUUGAAUCCACACAAAUUUUAUAUGAACUAAAUCACAGGUCCUAGAUUAUAUUAUUGGUGUAUUAAGACUACCUGUGAUUACAAAGUGAGAAUGGAUGGGCAGACUGUUGAUUGUAGAUAUAUUUUACUGUUAAACAUCUGUUGUACUGUUGAUAACUAUCCAUAUAAUGUAGUGCUGAUCAUUACACUGGCUGUUGAAAGUUUUAAAGUUUAUUUAUCUUAAAAGACAUGUCGAUUCAGCAAUUGAAAUUAUCCAAUAAGUCAAGGUGCUUUUCAUUUUUUGGUCACAAAUUAAUUGAAGAUCUUGAAAAGUGAAUUGAUGUUUAUAUCAUGUUAAAAAUAAUGAACUGUACCUACCUAAUUGCAUGUGAUUUUGAGAUUUUAUUCAAAGAGUGGUGGGCGAUAACAUUGUUAUUUAAUUGAAUGCAAUCACAUUCUUUAAAUUUUGCAUCAAUUUUCAAGUUUAGAUUUAUAGAUCAAGUUGUUCUCAGUCUGAUAAAGACAAAAGGAUGAAGCAAUAGGAAUACAAAAUGUGCAUGUAAUGCAAGUUGUUUGUUGACAGUGUUUUUGUCGAUUGUGAUAUCUAUUAAAACAAGAUGAUUGUUUUGUAUAACAUUUGUGUAUUUUGACAUCUAUAACAGUUACUAUAGUUGAUUUUGAAUCUCACAAGCUAUCAAGAAAAAAGGUUUUUGUCCUAAAUAGUAUGUACAUUUUUUCACCAGUAUAGAGCUUAUAAAUCAAAUAUUUCUAACUUUCGUUAGAAGUGAUGGAUACCAUAGUAUAAACUUGGUUUAAAUGCAUUGUAUCACAAUUAAUAAUGAACAAAUUAUAAGCCUGGUAGAUCAAAGUAUUUUAAGGUAAAACAAAUAGUCUGUUUCUGUUUUCAGACCAACCCUUAUGCUAGUAUUUUCUGUUUAAAAGUAUUCUGAACUCUCCUAAGUUAUACAAAUAUUUUUUAGAAAUGAUCUUUAGAUUUUACACACUUAAUAACUGGUAUUAGUGUUGUUCCGAAUACAGGAAACAGUCAUUCAAACUGGUAACAAGGCAAGGAUACACAGUUAUUUUUGGUCAUAUGGUUGGUUAAUUUUUUGUAAGUUUAUAGACUGAAACUUCAUAAUAGUCUCAACUCUUGGUGCUUAAGUUCUAUUUUAUAAUGAUUUAAAGUUUAGAAGUGAUUUAAGUACCAUCGCAAAUACUAAACUAUGAUAUAAGUACUACCGGUAUUACAAUUUAAAAAUACAAUUAGUAUUCCACCUGUCCCAUCGUCAAUGUUUCACUUACCAUGAUUUAGUCACAUUUCAUGAUGAUAACACAAUAUCAUAGCAAAGUUUAAGAAAUAGUCAUUUAUUUAUUUUCAUAUUAGAAUGUUUUUUUUCUUUUUUCUUUUUGGAAUGUUCAACACAAGAUUUCUUACCCAACAUAAUCUAAUUAAAUUGAACAUAAAUUUCAUUUUCUCUCUCUCUAUAUAUACAUGUACUUUCAUCACCAUCAUUUUUGAAUCAUACUAGAAUUGUGAAUAAGAUAUAGCUAUUUAUUUGAUUAUAUAUAUUGAGGUUUGUUGUAGUUGAUAAUGUCCUGUGGUAAAUGGACUGCAUAAUGAGUCUCACUUGUUACCUGUCACCUUCUGUGUUGUCUAGGUUACCAGUUACAGAAACAAAGCAAUACCUGUUCCUGUACCUACCACAUCUAUGUCAAAUAAUUCUGUUGAUACUUGUAUUUUCUUCGUUUCACUUUACACCUUAAAACUUAGAGAAUUGAUGUUUGAUGGACCCCAUACAGGUCCUAAGAUGUCAGAUAUUUGACCGACUCGGGUCUUAGUGAUAUUAUGCUCCUUUCUCCUUAAAUGAUCCUAAUUAGCAAAUGAAAUAAUGUUGUUUGGGUGUGUGACCAGCCACUCCCUUGGUUUUACCCUGUAUUGUGUAGACAGGUAGUGUAUUGUAGGUCUCUUUUUUUUUUUUUAUCUGAAAUCAAUACAUACCAACACCACAUGAAAUAAAAUAUAAGAAAACAAUUAC